AUGUUUCCACGAGAAAAUCGAGAAAAUCAAGAUUCAAAAAAUACCAAAAUACCGGAUUCUGCUUCCUCUUUAUCUUAUCCGUCGCCUACUCACGUUAAUUUAUUUGCGCGUCGGGCAAGUGCCUCUGUUAUCCCGUCGACGAUCAGAUAUAAUCAAACAGAUUUAUCUACCACAAUAAUGAAUUCCCAAUUUAAUCAUUCAGAUAAUCCCGUCGGUUUUGAAAAUCCUACCAUAGAAAGACGUUAUUUAAGAAGAGGAAUUCAUAAUUCAUCUUCAAGUCAAUCAAAAAUUGAAAAUAAUAGUUCAGAGUCUAGUGGUAUAGGAGAAGAUUCAUAUCAAGGGCAUCAAGGUGUUAAUAUAUCUUCGGAAAUGGGAAAUUCUGAUCCUGAAAUUCAUAAGCGAGGUUCUUUCAAAGAAAAAAAAUUUUUAUCACCCUCAAUUUCGGCUGAAAAAAAGAAACGCCUGAGACUUAGUUUCAAAGGCUUACGUAAUCCCAAACAUACAGUUCGUUCUUGGAGUGAAAAUGAUGUUCCCGAGAAUAAUCCAUUAUCACAAAAUUCUAAUCAAAGUCAUGUAACAUUAACAAGACAUUCUUCUAAUUUGGAAUUUUACAAAGAUUCUAAUCAUAAUCAAUCAUCAGAAUCUAAUAUAUCAAUUCCUUCAAAUCCAUAUAAAGAAUUAAACAAAUCUAAAUCAUUUUUUUCAUUUCUUGGAUCAAAUACAAAUAACAAUAAUCAUAAUCGUCAUCAUUUUGAACAAAGCAAUAAAAACAAUAUAUUCAGUCAUCGACACAAAAAAACACCAACAUUAGAAGUAAAAGAAACACAUAAAAUGUACAAAGAUUACGAUCUCGCAACAGGGAAUAAAAUAAUUAAUAAAUAUAUGUUAGUUAAAGAAUUAGGUAGAGGUGUACAUGGAAAAGUCAAAUUAGGGCAGAAUUUGGAAUCGGGAGAAUGGGUUGCAAUUAAAAUUGUUGAUCGAGUAACACGUCGUCGAUUAGGUUCACGUAACAAUGACCUUACAAACGAACAAAAAAUCAGAAAAGAAAUCGCGAUACUAAAGAAAUGUGUUCAUCCACAUGUCGUCAGAUUGAAAGAAGUUAUAGACGACCCAAUGAGUCGAAAAAUUUAUUUGGUCAUAGAAUAUAUGGAGGGUGGUGAAAUACAAUGGAAAGAUGACCAUGAUAAUCCUAUUAUGAGUAUUGAUAAGGCAAGGGAAAUUUUUAGGGAUGUGGUGCUGGGUUUGGAAUAUCUACAUCAUCAAGGAAUUAUACAUCGCGAUAUUAAACCUGCGAAUUUGUUGCUCACAGCCGAUCAAGUUGUUAAAAUCUCUGAUUUUGGCGUGUCACAUUUUAGUCAACGUUCCAUGCCAGAUAAAAAUAAUCCUGCACAAGAUAUGGAUCUGGUCAAAACUGCAGGAAGUCCGGCUUUCUUUGCUCCAGAACUAUGUCUUCCGGGUGACUUCUCAAAAGACUUGAAAUCAGUCACUACAACCAGUCUAAGUUCAAAGAAUAAUUAUUCAUCCAAACCUCUUUCAAGAUCCAACUCUCGUUUUAUGCCCGUACGUACACAACGACCUCCCAUCACUAAAGCUAUCGACGUUUGGGCUCUUGGUGUUACAUUAUAUUGUUUCAUUUUUGGUCGAUGUCCUUUCAUAGCGGAUACUGAAUUUGAAUUAUUUUUUCAUGUUAUUCCUCAUCAAGAACCGGAAUUUCCCAGUGAUAGACCUAUUGAUGAUGAUUUAAAAGAUUUACUAUUAAAGUUAUUAGAAAAGGACCCGCAAAAAAGAAUAACCUUAGAAUUAGUAAAGAAACAUCCAUGGGUAAUCGUAGAUUUACCAAAUCCGCAGAAAUGGCGAGAGGAAACUGAUCCAAUGAAAUAUCAAUUCUUGACAGUAACUGAUGAAGAAGUUAAGAGCGCCUAUACAAUAAUUGAUCGCCUAAAAAAGAAGAUACGCAAAAUAUCCAUGUCUUUAGGAAAUAUGACUUUAGACAAUCUUCGACGACGUUCAAAAUCCGUUUCAUCUACAUCAUCUCCGGGAUCUACAGAUAGUUCACUGACUCAUGCAUCACCUAUUAGUAUUCGAAGACCUGAAUCACAACAAACUUUACAAAUUUCUCAUCAACGACCCGUAAGCUUGUAUGGGUCAAGUUUCCCUGAAACAUAUGCUCGACAAAAGCAAAAGGAUUUUGAAAACUUUGUAGUAGAAGAAACCGAUCCUUCUUUGUCGUCAUCAUCAUCAUCACAUUCUACAAUUGCGCCAAAUUCACAAGUUUGGGAUCGACAAGAUGUUUACCUUCCUCGAUCAGGAUCUCGACAGCUCAAAAUGAAAAGGCGAAGUAAUCAUUCUCAUAGUAGUUUAAAUCAGAGUUGGGUGUUUACACCAGAUGAAGGAUCAGACAAUGAAGAAUUAAUGAAUAAUAAAAUUGUUGAAGAUAAAAUUUAUAAUAAUAAUUCACUGACUAUACAGAAUGAUCAGAAUUGUAAACAAUAUGUCAAUGUUGUUUCAAGUGAUCCUUUUGGAUAUGAUGGGUUAGAAACAAUUAGUAAAGAUAAUAUAGAGAUUAUAGACACGAUUGACAGCGAUGAUGACGAUGUUGGAGUAGUAUUUGGGAGUAAUUCAUCUCGAGGAUGGAAUUCUUCACAACAAUUAAGAGCGACGCAUAAUUUACAAAAUUUAAAUAUAUCCGUUAACCAAAAGUAA